GUCUGGAGAUGGCGACAUUGCAUAUUUUCUUAACCGUGUUUACCGAAGAAGAAGAUAAACCAGGCCUCCUUCAGCAUCCUUAGCAAGUCGCGUAUUUAUAAACUUCUGUAAUUCUGCCGCUGUUUAGGAAAUACUUCCACAUUUUCUACGGUACCACAGGCUCCUGGGACUUUUUUCACUCACACUGUUCCAAGUGUCUUGCGAGCGCCUAACAGUCUCGAGCGCUUAACAGUCUCUAUCUGGAAUGGAUAAAGUAAUUAAUUGCUUCAGCAAGCGUCCAGACGCUGUAGUCAGGCUGAUCUGCUUCCCUUGGGCCGGUGGAGGGUCGACGCACUAUGCGCGCUGGGGUCAGCUUCUUAACAGCUCUGUAGAAGUGUACUCGGUCCGACUACGGGGUAGGGAAGGACGAACCAAAGAGCCCUUCUUUCAGCACAUGCAGGAGAUUCUUGAUGAGGUCAUCGACGUGCUGCUGCCAGAACUCAAGGAGAAACCAUUCGCCCUGUUUGGACACAGUUUUGGGGCUAUUACUACUUAUGCCUUUGCUGAGUAUGUGAAGAAAGUUCACAACCUUGAACCAGUGCAUGUAUUUCUCUCCGGAACAUCUGCACCUUAUUCUGAAACUAGACUACAGGCCCCACGAAGGAGCCAGCUGUCUGAUGAAGAAUUCCUCCAGUGGAUGACCUCUAUUGGAGGAACGCCUCCUGAAAUUUUGGCCAAUAACGAAGUGCUGAAGCUAUUCCUGCCUGCUUUGAAAGCCGACCUUAGUGUAGUUGAGAACUACAGGUGCAGCAGGCCAACGCAUUCUUUCCUGUCUUGCCCAGUCUCGUGCUUUGAUGGCAAGGAGGACGUGCCACAUGACCUGCAAGCAUGGAAGUGUAUGACAACUGGUGAUUUCACUGUGCAGAUGCUUUGUGGAUCACAUUUCUAUCUGAAAGAUGCAGCAAAUGAGAAAGUCAUACUGGACUACAUCACAAAGCACCUAGAGACAUCUGAGAUGGACUAUUUGUAGAGUAGACUUAAAUGGUCCCAUCAAGGAUUCAACUCUACCUGCUACUUUUGCAAAUGGAAUAUGAUUGAAAAGGCUUGCAAACUGACUUUGUGACAUCCACAGACUAUAGUGAGCAAGGCAUUACUACAUUGAUUUUGUUAUUUAAUAAUUUGCCUUAGUUCUGAUGGUAUUUUAAUUAAAUGAAACACCUGGCCAGAUAAUGAAAUUUUAUUAUUUUAAAACGUGACACCAUUUCACACAGUUGUAAAUAAUUUUAAAAUAAUAGAUGUAAAUGAACUUGAAAUAUAUGUUGGCCCUGGUUCA